CAAACACACGCCAAACGCCCUCCAUGCCCAUAUUCCCAACGCGCCAAAUUUUCGUCUGCUAAGAGCACAGCUUCAACUCGCCCUGGAGAACAAAAGCCUUUUGGUGGCUGCCGCUCUGCUUGAUUCCACUGUCUCUCGGAACCCAACCUGGUGAGAAGAGAAACUCCGCCGUUCAACCGACCCGGAGCACAGUUCCCGUCCCAUUUCAGCUGGUUCUUGGGCGUCUUCACCGCUCCCCCGUUUCCGCAUGUCAACACCCUGAGGUCUCGGCACGUAGCAUGGAGGCAUAGUUCCGUCGAACGUGUCAACCUUGUCGUUGUCUGAUGUUUUAACACUGCGUAUCUCAUGAUGCGCUCAUUGGAUACGCAUGAGAUUAAGCCUGAUGCCACUUCAUCAACGACUGAUCGUGGGCGGGAGACUUGCGUGCCUCUCUUCACCUUUCCCGAACGCCCUCGAUUUUGACGGCGCAUUUGGCACCAUUCUUGGGGGUUGCUAGCCAACAUGGCCUUCUCGUCGUCUUCGUCCGAAAGUAACUUCAGCGCACCGAGAUCUGUUCGGGAUGCAGCGUUUACAGGCAUCAGCAGCCCCUCGGAAGCCGGAAGCCAAGGCAGACGUGGAGGAGGGGGGUUUCAGUUCGACAUCAUCUCAUGGUUCCCCAAAUACCAAAGCUGUCAGCGCUAUUUUAUAGAUCACGCUCAGCACGAGCCGCUCGUCCAGGCAUUUGCAUCCUUCAUCAACAUUCUGCUCCCGUUUCAGCGCCAGCCGCACCCAGUCUACAGCACGUCCGGAUCUCGGAGUGGGAAGGCCAGGCUGGAUAGGGAUCCGGUGAGACCUUCUUCGUCCGAAGCAGCAGCCGCCGCCUCCGCCGUGUCCCUCAUUCCGUAUCUGCGACGUCUGGUGGUCACUGGUAUGGAUGUGCCCCAAGUCUUGCACGGCUUUUUUGGUGACGACUGGCGGGCGGGCAUCGGGCCACAACGAGAGCAAGAAAGGCGGAACUACCUCUUUGCCGCCAAAAGUGGCGGAUGGGCAUCGGUCAAAAGAGACUAUGACAUGCUACCCUUGGAGACGGUCCCCUUCAUGCGGCCGUUGUUUGACCCUACCGACGCCGAGAUCGACGCUGCCGAGAGAACCUGGAGUGAGUGGUUAGCCCUCGAAGAUUGGAUGGUGGGCCCGCGCGCCCCAGAUGACGACUCAAAUGAAAUCUCAAGAGGAGAGACGAUACUAUGACAGUCAGCUCAGAGGCGUUCAAUAAAUCGGUGCUCGGGGCUAGGAAGUCGCAGACGCAUAUUCAACGUUUUGGGAGGAAAUAACACGGCAUCAUCAAGGCUUAUCGCAUUGUUCAUAGCGUUUCUUUGUUUUUCAGCACGUCCUUAGUGGCUGCUGGACAGAUUGGCUACAGACAUGACCCCAGAUUUAGGCCUCAGCCUCGCCGACUGCAUUGUUAUUUUAGCGCAAGGCUGCAGCCGUGUUGGUCCGAGCGCGUCUUGGAUCACAGAACCUGAUAAAACUCCC